CACCGCCGCCGCCAGCGAAUCACCAUCCUCCACCAGCACAAAUUUGCGCCACGUUACAUACGCAUACAAGACUUUCUCCACAUCAGAAAGGCAGAACUUCCACCCAUUGCGUUCGCCAAGCAUCAUGAACCUCUUCCGCAGUUCCAUAUCCUCCCUGGCGCCCUCCUCCGCCGCCUCCUCCGAUCCCACCAGUGCAAGAGCGUCCCUUUCCCUAACCCCACCAUCAACGGGCACCUUCCCAUCGGCACGAUGCUUCAGCCACCGUCCUUCCACCACGACCACCAACACCACCACAACGACCGGCUCCUCGUCUCCGGCUCUCAACGGCGGCGGCUCUAACUCCACAUCCACAACCGAGUCCACCGCAUCCCGCAUCGUUUCCUCCUUCAACCCAACAAAAACCUACCACAUCCCGACGCACGGCGGCGUGAUGCCUUCGACAACGCCAUUGCAGAUCUACGACCUCACGCCGCACCUGAAGAAUCGAGUCCCCGCCGCAGAUCCGUAUUCGGACCGAAAAGCGUUUAAGCGCGAGGUGCGCUCGAUCCUGAAGGCGUGGAAGGAACGGGAAAAGGAGGGCGGUAAAGGGAAGGAUGUGAAUGUGAUGGGAGGGCUGGAGACGGCGAUGGUGGUGCGCCGAGGGAAGAAGGGGGUGAAAGUACUGGAGGAUCUGGACUCGAGUGGUACGGCGAGCUGGAGUGUGCCGUGGGCGCUGUGGAAGGAGAUCGUGGUCGAUAUCGAUUACCCCGGCAGGGGAGAGUGGGAUGUCGGCGUGUGGACGCAUACCUUCGAUCCACGCAGCCAGAUCUUUGAGUCGCGAGGGGCAAGCUACAGGUGGAAAUUCGCGACUCCACGCGAGUUGGUGCUUGAGAAGAGCGCGCCGGGCAUGGGGCGAUAUGUCGUCGCCGUGUUCUACCUAACACGUGGGGUGGGCACCACGGAGGGAACGUUGUUGUUCGAUGAGAGGGGCGUAGAUAGGUUGCUUGCCGUGGCGACGAUCUUGACCGCACUGAAGAGGGAGAGGCAGAGGUGGGGGGUGCUGGGAGGGACGGUUUGAGAAAGAGAGAGCGGGCAGGCGGGCCGGCGGGUGUGCAUGCAUGGAAGGCGGCGUUGGGAUCUGUUUACAUAUCUGUCUUUUUGGCGUUCGGCAUAGGGUGGUGGGGCUGUCGUUUCUUGUUUUGGCAUAGGUACAUGUUCGCGAUAUCGUUCUCCCACUGUUUACUUUCGUUGUACUGUAAUCUGGCCCUAGUAAUAGUCGCAUGUGGAAUUGACCGAUUACCACUCA